AUGUCGGAAGUAAAAGCCGAUUUAGGAAUAAAAUAUUUAAUGAGAAUAUAUGAAGAUUGUCAGCAGACAAGUGGAAUAUUUCCCUGUUUGAAGAAAAAGGCCAUAUUAUUCUUCGAUAGAGCUGCUAGGAUGGAAUCUAUACCUUUAUUUGACGGUGUUGAUAUAGUGAAGUCUUAUGAACCGGGAGUACCGCCUAUUAGUGAAAAUGAAAUAGAUGCACAUCUGCCAAGAGGUUUGGGCAGCAAGGAUGACACGUUAUCAGCUAUGCUGUGGGACAAAGUUGCAGCGUUUGCUAAUUCUAGGACAAUUCAAUUUUCCCUGCCAAAGAUGUCUGGCGAAGAGUUAAACAGAGGGGUUGAAGAAGGUCGAGGCAAGAUGAAAAAGAUGAUGGGCAUGAUGAUGAUGGGCGGUGCAAUGAAGCUGGCCGCGAUGAUCCCGCUCGCCAUUGCCGGGCUGUUCGUGUUGGCUGGAAAAGCUUUAAUAGUUUCGAAGGUAACGCUUAUUUAA